GCUCCAGAGCAUACGCAUAUAGUAUAUUGCUGGAAGCAGCAUUAAAGGUAGUCCACACGCUGCUCACGUCAGAGAGAAUCGCGUGAAGAACUCCUCGCUCGCGGCCUCGAAGAUGGCGCAAAUCACUCCGGAGGUCGUGCUUUCCUACACAAAACCAGCAAGCGGCUACCUGUGUCCCCUGAACGCGAACACCUUCGGGAUAGAGUUCCUGAAGUUCGAGAUCAAGGAGUAUGACACCAACACCGUCGUGUACCAGGUUGCCCGGGAGCCCGACUCGGAGCCGCUCCCCGAGGUGCUGGACCCAGAGAUUGAGGACAUGAUUCGCAGCGUGAAGUACACAUUUCCUGCGUCAUUCCUCAAGUUCAAGACCGUGCGGACGCUGCUGGAGUUCUGCGUAGGGCCACAGCCGGUCAGCAACCUGCGCAUGAUUGAGCGGCACUUCUUCAAGGACAAGCUGGUCCGCACGUACGACUUCGAGUUCGGCUUCUGCAUCCCCAACAGCACCAACUCGUGGGAGGCCAUCUACGAUGUGCCCGAGUACCCCGCCGGCGUCAUCAACGACUAUGUCACCUCGCCGUGGGCGCACAAGUCGGACAGCUUCUACUUCGUGGACAACAAGCUCAUCAUGCACAACAAGGCUGAGUACCAGUACGUGCAGGAUUAAGCGGCGCUGAUCCAUGCGGAGUAUGGCGCGUGCCGGACUUGGCGAGCGGCUGUACAGGGCGCGGUGGCGUCCUCGCGACUUGGAUUACGGUGCGCCAUAGGGCGCAUUGCACGGCUGUGCGUGUGCAGGCGGGCGGUUGCGAGCGAAUACCUCGACCUCCAAUGCUGGGCCGAUCACUUGGACAACGCGUGCGACAUCACUGUAAGCUGGAACGUGCAUACCACUUUGGGUGGGGUGGGCAGGCACUUGAACUGAGAGGACGUGUGGUUACGGUAUGAAGUGUUUGGAGGGUGACCAUGGUCCUUGGGUGACCAGGUUGCAAGUAGGCGGGAUUACGUGGUGCAGUUGAGGCAUGUAUAAAACCUGGCGUGAAGCAGUGCUCCUUGAGCCAUCAGCAGAUGUGUAAUACCAUGUGUUGGGCUGCAACUUGUGUAACGGUCAGAUGUAAGUUCGGUCAUUCUUGGCAGCGCCGUGGCGGGCGCUUCGCCAAAUGAACGUUACCGUUGAUGCAGGUGUAACGGCGACCUCGA